ACUAUGGCAACAUUUUCAGUGAUGGCCGAUGUUUCGAGUUGAAUGGUUUUAUGACGACCGUUGCCGAAUUUUUGUGUUGAAAUAAACCAAGUUUCUCAUAAUUCGGUGUUAUAAAGUGUUUCUAUCGUAUUUCGUAACACUACUGUGUGAAUUUGUGUAACCAAUUGCGACUAAAUUGUCAGUGUUGUUCGGUAAAGAAUGUUUGUUGUGUCAUUGUAAUUAGAUCAGUGGAAAUUAAAUAUAUAUUGGAUUACUGCUUAGCUGUUUAUUUAAUUGUUGUGGACUUAAGAUCUCAUGAUACAGGGUGCAUCGAUGAAACUACGAUAAACGCACGUGACGUGGGAGUCGUCACACUGUACGCUUUACUAACUUAGGGGCGGUGUGUGAGUGUCGCACCGCCAUGUCGCACCACAGCGACGAGCAGGCGUUGCUCACCACCACGUCGGACUCGUUCUGGGAGCCCGGCAACUACAAGCGGACCACAAAGCGGGUGGAUGACGGGCACCGGCUGUGCGGGGAGUUACAGGCUCUCGUGCAAGAGCGGGCCGACAUAGAGAAGGCGUACGCGAAGAGUCUGCGAGGAUGGGCGAAGAAGUGGAACGAUUUGAUUGAAAAAGGACCUGAAUACGGCACGAUGGAGGCGGCGUGGAAGGGCGGCAUGGUCGAGGCCGAGAGGCUGUCGGACCUUCACCUCGGAGUCAGGGACCGGCUCGUCAACGACGUCAUGGCACAGAUCAAGAACUGGCAGAAAGACACCUAUCACAAGUCAAUGAUCCAGCUAAAAGAGCGCAAAGAGAUGGACGAGGCUUUCAAGAAGGCGCAGAAGCCGUGGGCGAAACUCCUACAGAAGGUGGAGCGCACCAGGCUGGAAUACCACACGGCGUGCAAGCAGGAACGGACAGCCCAGAACCAGGAGAGGAACGCAAGCGGAGACAGCUCUUUGAGUCCAGACCAGGUAAAGAAAAUGGCGGAGCGCGUGGCGAAGUGUCGCGAGGAGGUGUCGAAGAGCCGCGAGAAGUACCAGGCGGCGUUGGCCGAGAUCACGGCUUACAACCCGCGCUACAUCGACGACAUGACCGGAGUAUUCGACAGGUGCCAACAAAUGGAGGCGCAGCGGCUGAAGUUCUUCAAAGACGUUCUCUUCAGUUUCCACAAAUGCCUCAAUAUCAGUCAAGAACCAACAUUACCACAAAUCUACGAGGAGUUCCACCACACGAUAAACAACGCGGACCACCAGAAGGACCUGAAGUGGUGGGCGAACAACCACGGCGUCAACAUGGCGAUGGCGUGGCCCCAGUUCGAGGAGUACACUGAAGAGUUCCGGGACAUCGCCAAGGGCAAAUCGAAGGAGAGCCUGCCCACGGGCCCCAUCACACUGCUCAACCAGAGGCCAGUCAGCGAGGAUGAGCUGCCGCCCAUCAGCAACAACAAGUCGAACAAGACGAACCACGCGGAGCAGCCGCCCGCGGCACCCGUCGCCAACAACACUACCGCCAACAACACCAUCGACAAGAAGACCAUCAGCGCACCCAUCGCGGUCACUAACGGCACGGCAGCAGCGCCUAAAUCAGCGAAAACAUCCCCGAACAAGGAGCCGGCGGGCGGCGGCGGUGGCGGGAAGCAGGACAACCCGUUCGAGGAGGACGAGUGGGACGAGGAGUCGGGCGGCGCGCUCACCGACACCGGCGAGCCCGGCGUCCCCGUGCGGGCGCUCUACGACUACACCGGCGCCGAGAGCGACGAGCUCAGCUUCCGACAGGGUGAUUUAUUUGAAAAACUAGAAGACGAAGACGAGCAAGGCUGGUGCAAAGGACGCAAAGACGGGCGCGUGGGCCUGUAUCCUGCCAACUACGUGGAGCCCGUGGGUCACUAGUGGCCGCGACCCCCCGCAGCCCCCCGCACCUCACCUCACGCCGGCAACUCAUCCGCUCGUCAACACAGUUCGUGCAUAAUUCUAGAUGUCGCGGUCAGUUUUAUUUUUGUGUAGAUAUUUUAAUUCCGAAAGUUAUGGCUAGAAAUGAUUUGUUUAUGAAUGUAAAAAUUAUAGUGAUUCUAUGAUUGUGUCCAAGUUCUAAAAACUUUAUCGAUGUCUAUUGCUUUGGAAGGUUCAAAAAUUAUUCUGUGAAGGAUUAAAAAUCAUUUCUAGACAUUAAUAAAUUAGUCAUAAAAAAUUUAACUAUGAUAGAUAUGCGUGACAGAUUCCCUAUAAAAAUGUUGAUUUUUUUUAUAUGCGCGAGUCACUAAUUAGUCAUUAUUGUUAUACAUAAAAGAGCCGGUAACUUAAGUACAUUAAUAUGUAACUGUUCUGUAGUUAUGUUUGUCGAUAAACUAAAUUUAGUUGUAAUGGCACAUCGACAUUGACACAAUGAUCGAUUUCAUUCAAGAGCGUAUUUUAUAUUUUACAAUCAAUUAUUGACCAAUGCAAAGUUGUUUUGUAUGCGUUAUUUACUUGAGAAUUAUUGUUUGUAAUGGUUUUUUAAAAGAUUUAACUGAUAUUAUUGCAAUUAAAUCUCUUACAUUACGUUUUAGAGGAUUUUUGAAUUAUAAUUGGAUAUAGUUAGGCCCUUAUUAUAUUUGAAGAAAGUAUGUAUACAAUGUUACAUGAAUCUGCAAAUUUUUGCCUUUAACGUGCGCCUUAGACUAGAUAUUUUAAGAGUUAUCACCUUGAACAGUAUUAUAAAUAUAUAUUUGAUGUAUUAAACAGAUAAAGUAUGUAUCUUAGAGGAUUAGACGCUCUUGUAUGAAUCGGUUCAUUAUUCAUAAAAAAUAUUCAUCGAAAUAUUACUGAUGCAAUCGAGCUCUAUUUAAACAUAUUCGAAGGAAAUCUUACAGCGAAACUUUUCGAUUCGACUUUUUGACCUAAAUUUUGUACAUUUCUACUUAUUAUUAUAAAAUUUUAAUAAAAAGCAAAUUGCUGUUUGUUUAAUGCGAGUAUUUAACUCAGCGGAAAAAAAUGGAAAAAAUUCGUCUUGAUAUCUUACGUGGGUAAUGUGAUAAGUCAUUGUAAGACUAGUGAUGUGCCGAGAAUAUCGAUAUGUUUUAAAUUUACAUAUAGAAAUAAAAUAUCGAUACUGUCAUCACAUCACUCGUCGACAUGCAGAGAUGGAAUGCUAAACGCAAAUAUGAUGAGCACCGCAACAUGUUAACUGCCAAACGCCUAACUAUUUCAUAACAUUGUGACGUGAAUCGAACUUGUUUUUUCGGAUAUGAAAUUUUGUAGAUACGAUUUGCACGAAAACCAAAAAUGUUUGUAUUAGUGACAUUUAUUUUGUGUUUAAAGAUGCUUCAAGUACAUAGUGGUAAAAGAUUUUAUGUGUAUAUCGCUCGACUCCACCGCCCCCGGGCGGGGCGCAUGUAACUUAGCUAAGCCAAAAAGUGUACGCCAAUACAUAAAUAUAAUAAAAAUAGGCAAACCAAACUUGUAGGUGGCAAUGGGAUAUAUAUUUUGUGAUAUAAACUGUCGGUGGUCGUCACUGCACUGGUACGUGUGGUUGUGUACAUACACGAUUUAUGAUAUACUUGUCGUGAAUAAAUAUUUAUUUCCCAUUGUAUAUAAUGUAUAAUUAUUGCUGUAAUGUGACGUUUAAGUUAUAGUGUGUUAAACAUCGAUACAUUUCAGAACGCCACUAUUAUUAGCAUGUUUUAUGUGGCUAUGUUUAGACGAUGUAUCGAUGUAGAACAACACUAGUAAUUAUAACGAGGCGGGCGCGAAUAAAUUUGGACUGAAUAAUGGCCUAAUAUUUGGUAAGCGGACUUGUUGGUGGCUUCCAAUAUCGAUGCUUAGGCCGUGUGGGCGCGCCUCGCUGCUAGACGGUGCUAUAUCGACGGGCCUCGCCGGCUGUUGUGAACGAAAUGUUAAUAAUAAAACUGUAUAAUAACGUUGUUAAGUGUGUAAUGAGCCGCCCGAGGCCCGGUGAGACGCGCCACGCGAUACUAGCGCCCCCUCGCACUUUAGUUAAAUAUAAUAAUUAUUAAUAUAUUACGAAGUGUUUACCUUUUCUUUUUCCUUUUUUACCUCGUUUUAAACAUUUAUAUUGUAAUUACGUUGUGGAAAGUGAUUAACAGUCGAGGCUGAAUUUUAAAACUUGACCCGGUCGUGUCGUGUACGUAGAGUAGCUCAUUGUUUUCAUUGUUAUGGGUUCAGAGACCUCCUGUGAAAAUUAUUUGUAUUAUAUUAUUAUCAGAGAGAGGGUGGUUUUGGACCACAUAUAUGUUAAUAUAUUAUUAAUAUUGGUAAAAUAAAAAUUGUUACAUAUGA